AAGCAUGAUGCUCAGUCCAGACCAGCACGAGGCCGACCUGCCCUGCGGACAAACGGACACUGAGACCCAUCUGGACCAUUUCAACGUGCAGCGUGGGUUCGUGCCGGCCGAGCCCGGGGACCGAGAGGGCAAGGCGCGCUCCGUGCACGUGCCCGCUCUCAGCAGGGAGGAGAAGAGGCGGAGGAGGCGCGCGACAGCUAAAUAUCGUUCCGCGCACGCCACCAGGGAGCGGGUCCGUGUCGUGGCCUUCAACGUGGCGUUUGCGGAUCUGAGGAAACUGCUUCCAACUCUCCCACCAGACAAGAAGUUGUCCAAGAUUGAGAUCCUGCGACUCGCGAUUUGUUACAUCUCCUACCUCAACCACGUGCUGGAUGUUUAG